GGCUCCUCCCCUCUCAUGCGGAGGGGGCGGAGUCAAGGCACAGCUCUGGGCCAAUCAGGUUGGCGCGUCGCCAUGACGACAAGAAGGAGCGACGGAGAAGGUGGCUUCCGCCGGAAGUUUGAGUUGCUACGGCAACGACGCGUCGAGUGGCGGCGUUUUCCCUUUUGCAGGAGAGAAAAGCGGGAAGAUGGCGUCUGUGGGCCGGGGCACCCGCCCCGCGGAGGCGCACCCGACGGCCGCCCAGGAGCUGGAGCGCAGGCAGCACGAGAUGUACUUCCAGCAGAUGCGGGAGCUGGCGCACGCCCGGAAGGUGCAGCGGGUGCGGGAGCUGGAGGUGAUGUGGGAGGCCGAGGACCGCGUGGAGAAGAAGCGCGUCACCCGCCGCCUGCUCGAGGAGCAGCACGAGCGCCGCAUGGAGGAGGCCCUGCAGCGCACGGAAGAAAACAAAAGGCUGAAAGAACUUGAGUGGGAACAAGAAGAGAAACUGGUGGCUGAACUGGCCAAACUGAAGCACGACCAGCUGAAAGACGAAAAGAUGAGGCAGCAAAUCAAAGAGAACAGUUUGGAACUCCGGGAGCUGGAGAGGAAGCUGAAGUCUGCAUACAUGAACAAAGAGCGGGCGGCACAGAUCGCCGAGAAGGAAGCCCAGAAGUACGAGCAAAUGAAGGAGGACGCGGAGUUCUUCCGUGCGAUGAAGGAGGAGCAGGAAAGGGCGGAGGAGGCCGAGAUCUCCAGCGAGGCGCAGCGCAACCAGGAGAUGCUCCUCUACCAGCAGGUGCUGGAGGGGCAGCUGGAGGAGCGCGAGCGGCGGAGGCAGGCCGCCUACGAGGAGUUCCUGCGGGACAAGCUCCUCAUCGACGCGAUCGUGCGCAAGAUCUACGAGGAGGACGAAGCGGCAAGGCAAGAGAAGCUGGAGAAGAAGCGGAUGACGCAGCGGUUCAUUGAGGAGUUCCAGCAGGACCAGGCCGUGCGGAAGCGCAAGCAGCGCGAGGAGAUGGAGGAGGAGAACCGGAGGCUGGUGGCCUUUGCCAACAUGUGGCAGGAGAGGGAGGACGGCCGGAUGGCCAAGGUCCGCGAGAGCGAGGAGCGGAAGCGCGCCCUCCAGCAGAAGCUGGCGGAAGUCCUGGAGAAGGAGCAGCAGGAGCGGGAGGAGAUGGAGGAAGUGCGGACGGAGCUGCACUGGGAGGAGCGGCUGGAGGCCGAGCGGAAGAAGGAGAUGGAAGAGAUGGAGAAGAAGCUGCGCCAGCGCCUGGAGCUGCGCAAGGCCUACGAGGAGCAGCUGGCCAUCAAGGAGGCGCUGCAGCAGGCCGUGCGGGAGGAGGAGGAGGCCUUCCGGCAGACCAUGCUGGCCAAGUUUGCCGAGGACGACCGCAUCGAGCAGAUGAAUGCCCAGAAGCGGCGCAUGAAGCAGCUGGAGCACCGCAAGGAAGUGGAGCGGCUGAUCGAGGAGCGGCGCAAGCAGUUCCUGGCCGACAAGGAGCGUGAACUGGAAUACCUUCAGGAGGAAGAAAGGAGGAAAGGGAUCGUCAACGACAUCAUCGAGGAGGAGCGGCAGAAGCUGCUCAAGGAGCACGCGGUGAAGCUGCUGGGAUACCUGCCCAGGGGCGUCCUCAAAGACGACCGGGACGUGGAGCUUCUUGGGGAGGCCUUCCGGAAGGUCUACCAGAGGCGGGAGGGGGAGGGCCCCCCCGCGGAGCAGUGAGCGCAGAGGAGUGAGGAGGGGGUCCCGGUCCAGAAGCCUCCCCUGGACAGGAGGUGGACUGCGACCUCUCUGCGCCUGCAAAGUGGUACGUCUGCAAAGUCCCUCCGUGCACAUGGUUUCUCUUGUGGUUUUGUAGCAAUAAAUGGUCUUUCCAGCAGCA